UUUGCUCUGGCCCGCGCCACCCCCCCAACCUCUUACUCCGCGACUCCCAGCACCACGGCUCCCCACCUGGCAUCCCUCUACGUCUAUCGGCCGCGGGGUGGUGCCCCUGGCCCGACAGCGCCCAUUCGCACCCGGCUCCCACCCCCUGGGGUCCCUGUCCCCGACAGCGUCCUUGCCCCAUCUUACCUCCCGCCCCUUUAGGGCACUCUGCUCCCACCAGCCAACCGCGCAGUCACCGUCCCGGUCCUUCUGACUUUCUGCCCGCUUCUUCUAGGAGGCUCUUCUCAUCAGGUGCCCUCGCCCAAACUUCCUACCCGUUUGCACCAGGUGCCCCUACCUCACACCUUCUCCGUCCUCCUCAGGUUGCUGCCCCUUGACCCGGAGACCCAUCCCUAUCUUCCCACCUGCCGCCCUGGGGGUCUGUUCUCACCGACGACGCCCAUCCACUCUGCUCCUCCAGGUCCCACACGGCGUCUUCCUGCCAACCCUACCUCGUUCCCCGGACCCCUCUGAAACUCACGUCCUCGCCCUCGGCCCUCUGCCCCCAUGGUCCCAGAGCAGGGCCCCGCCAACAACAGCACCCCGGACUGGGAGUCGGGGCCACGGUCGCAACAGGAAGGCAGCGGCUGGGUGGCGGCCGCGCUGUGUGUGGUCAUCGCACUGACGGCGGCGGCCAACUCGCUACUCAUCGCUCUCAUCUGCACGCAGCCUGCGCUGCGCAACACGUCCAACUUCUUCCUGGUGUCGCUCUUCACGUCGGACCUAUGGUGGGGGCUGGUGGUGAUGCCGCCGGCCAUGCUGAACGCGCUGUACGGGCGCUGGGUGCUGGCGCGCAGCCUCUGUCUGCUCUGGGCCGCCUUCGACGUGAUGUGCUGCAGCGCCUCCAUCCUCAACCUCUGCCUCAUUAGCCUGGACCGCUACUUGCUCAUCCUCUCGCCGCUGCGCUACAAACUGCGCAUGACGCCCCCGCGCGCCCUGGCGCUCAUCCUGAGCGCCUGGAGCCUGGCCGCGCUCGCCUCCUUCCUUCCCUUGCUGCUGGGCUGGCACGAGCUGGGCGGCUCCUUUCCGCAGGUGCCCAGGACCCCAUGCCCAGGGGUGGAAUCAGCUGACGGUAGGCGUCUGGCCACCAAGCACAGCAGGAAGGCCUUGAAGGCUAGCCUGACACUGGGCAUCCUACUGGGCAUGUUCUUUGUGACCUGGCUGCCCUUCUUUGUGGCCAACAUAGCCCAGGCCGUGUGCGACUGCAUCUCCCCAGGCCUCUUCGAUGUCCUCACGUGGCUGGGUUACUGUAACAGCACCAUGAACCCCAUCAUCUACCCACUCUUCAUGCGGGACUUCAAGCGGGCACUGGGCAGGUUCAUGCCAUGUCCCCACUGCCCCCGGGAGCACCAGGCCAGCCUGGCCUCCCCCUCCAUGCGUACCUCUCACAGCGGCCCACGGCCCGGCCUGAGCCUGCAGCACGUGCUGCCACUGCCCCUGCCACCUAACUUGGAAUCAGACUCGGACUCAGGCUCAGAUGGCUCCUCAGGCCUGCAACUCGCAGCCCAGCUCCUACUGCCUGGAGAGGCCACCCAGGACCCCCCACCGCCUGCCAGGGCUCCUACCACAGCCAACUUCUUCAACAUCGAUCCAGUGGAGCCUGAGCUGCGGCUGCAUCCACUUGGGACCCCCACGAACUGA